AUGGCCGAUGUAGCAGCAGCAGCAGCAGCGGUGGCGACAGCAGUAACAACGACGGUAGCAACAACAGCCGUGCCUGCGGUCCCGACGCCGAAGAAAGCUUCGUUCAAGAAGGCGUCGAGCGCUGCCGCCGGUGCCUCGAAGAAACCGGCGGCACCAUCAUCAUCAUCAUCAUCAUCAUCCAAGUCCAAUCAUCCUCCGACUUCGGACAUGGUGAACGCAGCGAUUGCCGCACUCAAGGAGAAGAAGGGCUCGUCCCUACAGGCGAUCAAAAAAUACAUCGCAUCUACGUAUAAGGUCGACGUGGAAAAGCAGUCGACUUUCAUAAAGAAGUACAUCAAGGGCGCCGUGACGAAGAAAAGUAUCGUGCAGACGAAGGGCUCGGGUGCCUCUGGGCGUUUCAAGCUCGCGGCCAAGGUCGAGGGCGAGAAGAAGAAAGUAGCGGUGAAGAAGCCCGUCGCGAAGAAACCCGCUAGUGUCGUUGGGCAAAAGAAGGUGCCCGUGAAGAAAGCCACCGCUGUCAAGAGCGUGCAGAAGGUGAAGAAGGUUACAAAGAAGCCGAUAGCUCCGACGGCUACGACGACCAACACCACCACCACCACCACCACCAAACCCAAACCUAAGCCCAAGGUCGUUAAGGCGGCUGUUAAGCCAAAAUCACCCUCCAAGUCGAAGAAGAGCGGCAAAGCACCCGCGGCUAAGCCCAAGCCACCCAAACCCAAGAAGACCGUCGCGGCCAAGCCUAAAGCUGUCAAGAAGUAA